GACUCCCAUUGUUAGGGCGGAGAGACAUGUAUCUUGUCAGUAUAUCCAUCAUCUUUGGUACAGCACAGAUGACUUAGUUCCGUAGUCAAACGGCAGAAAACAACCUACAUAACUAAACCUUCACUAGUCGGGCAGAUUGAGGGCUAAUCACGUUGGCUGUUUUACGGAUGCUAUGCAUGCGUCUCUAUCUUGUGAUCCAGGUCGCUUAUUUAAAAGGAAUACUUGUUUUUUGGGAUAAACCGUCGCGCUUUAAGGGUCGUUUUCAUAUGUGCAACAACAUGUCAAAUGUUAGUCUUUCGAAUGGGAGUCCGACGUUGGAAAGGGUGGAUCUGCGCCCGACGGAUCACACGAAGCCCCAGAUUUGCAGAAAUCUUUUCGGAUCGGUGGAUCAUGACGAAUUUGGGAGGGAGUGUUUGGUUCAAAUGAAAGAGAUGGAGAAGGUUUUUAUUGACAAAUGGAAUUUUGAUUUUCUAAACGACGAGCCCCUUCCCCAGGGAGAUUAUAAAUGGGAACCGAUGAAAAGCAGUGACUUGCCAGACUUUUACAGCAGACCGUCUCAUAAGCGAGUCUGGUCCUCUGGAAAUGUGGACCAUAACGGGAAUCAUGGAGUCCGACCGAGCUGUCCUGCGAACGGGGCUGAGCUAUCCGAGAAGAGCGAGAGGCAGACGGAUUGUCACCACUCUCACAACGGGGCAAGGAAAAGACAUGCAAAUCCAGAGCCCCAAAGUACAAGUAAAAAGUUGCAUUCCAGUGAAGAGGAUGAAGUUGUGUCAAAGUCAGUAGAGCAGACACCCAGCAAAAACGAUUCCAGGACACAUGAACACUAAUACCAAGUGCUGAGAAGUCCUCCUUUUUCGUUGAAUACUGUACUUCAGGACCUGAAGAAGAGACGAGGGAUAGAAGAGAAGACAGGAUACAAAAUGGCCUGCCUUUAGGAGGGAGGGAGGCUGUGCAAGCACUGAAUAUUUUUACACUAAAGUUUUGGCACUCAAUUUAAUCCAAUCGCUUCAAAAGCAGAAAAUGUAGCAGUGUGCCAAAAUGUUUUUCCCUUUUUGCUCAGUUUAAUUUUUACUACCUAUGUUUCAUAUGUAGCACAUAAAACAUAAUAUUAUUAUGUUGUUAAAAUGCGUGUCUUGAAGAAUUGCUGUGCAGUUUUCAAAAAUAUAUUGUUUGUUUGUAAAAGUGGUCAUAUGAUAUCCUUGUUCAGGUAUAAUUGAUAGUUAUAAAUGUAGAUUAUUUCUAAAUCAGGGUUUUUGAGAGUAUCUCAUCAAAGAAUCAGUUGUUUCUAUUGUGUGGCUUUUUGCAGUGUUCAUUGGUAGUACAUAGUUUGAAGCCCUAUUAUUCAAAAACUGGUCUUUAGGGUGGGGUCAAUUCUAUUUCAUUGAUGAAGUAAACAAAGUUUCAAAUUCCAAUUUUCCCCAAUGCUUUUCAAUGAGAGAAAAUAUUAAGGUCAUACUGUCAAUCAGAAUGCCUUAUAUGUUACAUGACCUAACUAGAUAAAAGUUUACAUGCAAAUCAUAUAUUAUUAUUAAGUUUUCCUACUGCGAAAGGGAAAGAACCUGCCAAAGUUUCAACAUUUGUCUUAUUUUUAUGGAAAAAUUAUUACAUGACUAGGGCUUAUUAGUUAGAAAUUAUUGGAAAAAGUUAGAAUAUAUGAGUUCCCAUUUUUCAGUAUUAAUUAUUAUUAUGCCGCCCUAAAAUCAUUUGGUUUCCUUUAACUUAUUUAUAAUGUGGUCCAGUUUGACCAGAGUAGCCUAUGCUCUCAGAUGUGUUGUAACCACUGGGCACUUUGCAAACAUAAAUAUGUGAAUCAACAAUUUGCCUCUUAUUGUGUGUUGAAUUCAUGUUGAGCAUGACAUGGCACUAUAUAGAUUAAAGACAAAGUUACACUGCAUGUAACUGUAUAAAAGUUUGAAGUGUAUCUUUGUAUAUUUCCUUGUAAAAAUUGUAGUAACUUAUUUUUUUGUUCAGGUUUUUGUGGUUGUAUGGAUAUCCAAAGUGGCAUUUUCUGUGCAUUGUUAUGUAAAUACUUUUAAAAUGUUGUUUUUGGAUACAAAGGUUGCAAAACUGAGCCUAAUUAAAAAUAUACCUGUAUAUUUUGUAUUGUGUCUCUGAAAAAGGCAAUCAUUUGCUAAAAACAUUAUAUUGGGUUAAUAAAAAAUGACUUAUUAUUUUCAUAAUUGCA